AUGGCAGACGUGGCACCACAAGAAUGGCCGAAUCAGCGACUGAAGAUCCUCAUCCCCAGUUGGACGCUCAUGAUCAUCAGCACUAUUUUCGUUAUCUGGAGAGUUGUCUAUGGUCUUAUGAAGUCGCGCAGAUUCAUGUUGUCUGACUACCUGUUGAUCAUUGCCACUGAACAGGCACUCAACAUCACAGCCACAUGUACGAACCAUAUCGUGGUCGAUGCUGGUCUUGGCCGACACAUCAUGGAUCCUACAGUGCUUCCAAAUAUUGCAAGAUAUUCAUACUACCUUUGGAUCUCACAAGUGAUCAACAUUAUUGCAGUCGCAGUACUCAAGUGGUCAAUCUGCGCAUGGCUCUUGGUGCUCAACUUCUCCAAGGUCUACCAAAUAAUCGUUUGGCUUUCUAUCCUCAUGGUGACUGCCCUGGGAUUUCUUGCGCCAGUCUUGACCUUGUUUGGUUGCAGUCCGCUCGAAGCCAACUGGAAUUUUGCUUACGAACCGCGCAAGUGCUGGGCUCGAGGCACACUGGAGCUUUCGUACACGCAAGGCAUCUCCAAUAUCAUUACUGAUGUUGUUUAUAUGGCCGCACCACUCAUAUAUCUAUCAAAGGUGCAAUUAUCGAGGAAGACACAGUUGGGCAUCCGCAUUGUCUUUCUCCUCUCUAUACCGGCGACGAUUUGUUCCAUCUUCAAGACCGUAGAGCUCAAAGCCAUCACCGACACCAUGGAUCCGACAUGGGACGCGAACUCGCAAUCAAAGCCGCAAUAUGGCUACGGCUAUGGGCACUCCACCAGUGGCAACAUACGGAUGAGCACGUUCCAAAGUAGCAAGGCAUAUCACAGUCGCAUUCCUGGCGAAUCAGUCCUGGACAAUGAUAGCGACAGUGAUCGCGCUAUUCUACAGGAGGAGGAGGGCAAAUGUGCAGGUAUCAUGAAGACUACCAAAGUCACGGUAGAAGAAAACGAAGCUAGCGGCUCACAGAGCUCCCAGUUAUCGCACAAGCGGAGCAAUGAUUGGCCUGAGCCUCGUGCAGGUCCUGAUGCGCAUGCAAUAUAG